AAAACUGAACACGUAAGUUUGACACGCAUUUUUAAAAAAUAUAAGACGGUAUUACAUGGUAUGUAACAAGUAUUUCUUAAGGAAGUUUUUAAACAUGCUUUUUUUAAAAAUAGAAGACAGCAUAAUCGGGUAUAUAACUAGUUUUUCUUAAGGUGAGAAGAAUUCGAAACAAUGGAGAGACACAAAUCGGAUGGGUCUACGUUUACAAUACCGUAUAUUAUGAAGCCGAUUUCAGAAAGUGGUCAGUUCCCCUCUCCCGUGACUAAAGGACAUAUUUCUGUAGAUAGAAAAGGAAACAUUACGUUUGAUAAAAGCCAAAUGCGUUACCUGAAAAGGCCCGAGGAUCUUAAUAAUGUCAGUUUGAAUUUAGAUGAAGGGUAUGAGGAUAGAGAAGAAAAACCAGAAGAAAAUUAUGAAGAUAUUAAUCUUAUGAUUAAAUGGAUUUCAGAGAACCUUGCAACGAACGAACUGAACAAUCUGAUUGUUAGCAGACGUUGCAUUUUAACCGAUAUCAUGUACACACCAUUCUUGACGCAUGCACACUGUCAAUGGAAGAUGGCAGUUAUUCUUCAACACGGCGCAUUCCACAUAUGUCGUUUCGAUAGGAAAAAUAAUUGGGACAAGAUUCAAAACAAUAGAGUAUGGCGUAAGUCCUAUUACUGGGGACCGAAAAUGGAGCAGCUUCUAACCGAAAGUAAAACAGAUGAAUCGGGCUGUACGAAUACACAGGAACAACAUGGCAAAUAUCUACUCGUCAAUCAAUUGAACAUAAAUGCACAUUCAUUAGUGUUCAACAGUGAAAUAGACGCCUAUGAUGAAAAGACCGGCUCAUUUGUUGAAAUAAAAACAAUGAAACAUGUUUCUACGCCAAAAGAAAAAGACCGUUUUAAAAGGUUCAGGUUGUUACGAUGGUGGGCCCAAAGUCAGCUAGGUGGUGUUCAAGAAAUACUUUGUGGAUUCAGAGAUGACGAAGGUCUCGUUACAAGAAUGGAAUCUUUCCAGACCAGAAGCAUCCCGAACCCUGCUUUGCCAUGGAAUCAAACGGUGUUGUUCCACUUUCUUGACAAAUUGCUGACAUGGAUCAAGAAGCAGGUUGCGGUCACAGGAGAGUUUUCCAUUAACAGAGUUGUUCACAUAUUUGAGAGGUCAGAUGAGAAGACAAUCAAUCACAAUACAACAACAGAUCCCCGAUACCAGUUUCUGCCCGAGUGGUACCUGACUCGUUGAAGAAAAACGACUUAACCAACACUGACGGCGCAUAUGAAUAAAAUAAUAAGUGUUUAUACUGAUUUCAGACUGAGUGUUUAUACGUUUACGUCUUGUUUUCCGAGAUAUUGGCUUGCUCAAUUAAGAAUCUCAGAGACUAUUGUGAUUGUGACUCGAAUGAUUAUUUUGUUGUUACACGUUCUAAUCGGAUAUAUUGUUUUAAAUUGGAACAUUCAUGUUAGUGGAUUUUUUUUAAAUAUUGAAUUUAAGGUAUAUGAAGAUCAUAUCAAACAAAACAAAAUGUGGAAGAUGUAUACCGUGCAGCUUAUCUUGAACUGAACUGUUGUCGUUCUUUUUCGUCGGAAAUAAGUCUCAUUUAUAACUAAUUUUCAUCAAACGUUGUUGCAAUUUUUAGCACUUUUUGGGCACGUCUUGGGAUGUUCAGAAAGUAAAUGCAAAAGAAGUUCAGGAACAGUU